GGCCGCACACUCCCUUCCAUUCUCAUUUCUUCCCCAGUCUCCGGAAUGUGACGGACCUCAACGGUUACAAGUCCCAAUCCCAACCUCGCGGCGGAGCGGGCACGCUCUCAUCGCGAGGGGAGGCCGAGGCCGAGGCCGAGGCGAGGCCGCGAGGGUGAACUACGACACCGCGAGGCGACGGCGACGGCGAGCGCGAGCACAAGGCAAGGCAAGGCAAGGCGAGGCGAGGGGGCGAGGCGAGCGCAGGACCAGGCGCGGCGAGGGGAGGGCGAGCACAGGGCCAGGCGAGGCGAGGGGAGGGCGAGCGCAAGGUGGACUACGACAGCACCGGCCGCCACCAUGUUGAUGCAACGUGUGGCGCUUAGAGCUGGAAGGUUGCGCCAUCUACCAUCUAUAGCAGCUGCUGUGGAAACUAUGGCAGCGUCAUGGAAGAUCAAGGAAACAGACUGUCACACCAAUCAGCCUUCUGUUUUCACUGUCCGCCACACAUACUCAUCUAAUGCUCCUAGCAUUCCUCCAGCUCAACCUAACCUUGCUCUGCCUCAGCCUAACCUUCCUCCACCUCAGCAUAACCUUCCUGCCACAACUACAUCUUCCUGCACUUGGACUAAUAUGUUGGACAAUGCUUGGAACAGUACAUCAGAUGCUACCCUUGCCAUAUCAAAUCAGCUCUCUGACCUGAUUCAGGCUUAUCCAUAUGUCCCGCGUUACUUCACUGUGGUGUCUAUAUCAUACCUGAUUGCACGUUAUAGUCUGCCUAAAUUCCAUUCGAAGCUCAAGAAGAAAUAUGCAGCUGGGACUUAUACUGUUUAUGAGGCAUGGUGUUUGCAUCUGAUGGAAAAGGUGGAGGCACACAUUUUGGCCUACCCGCUAUUUGGCAUAGUCCUUUGGGGAUCUUUAGAUAUGACUACAACUAUGAUUAAAGAUCUUGGUGCUGGUGUGCCUUUUUCACAAAUUUCAAAAUGCGUAGCAAUAGUCGCAGCUUUGUGGUCCCUUCAAGUUAUGAAAAAGAACUUCCUAUCCAGUGCAUUUAUGCAUUUUGAAGGCCUAAAGGUGGACAAGCAUUGGUUGGCAGCUUUUGACAAGGUUUCUUCAUUGGGAUUGAUUGCUAUUGGCCUUUUUGGAGUGGCAGAGGCAUGCGGGGUAUCAUUUGAGUCGUUAUUAGCGGUUAGUGGUAUUGGAGGGAUUGCAACCGCCUUUGCUGCUAAAGAUGUCCUAGGUAAUGUAUUGAGUGGAUUCUAUUUGCAGUUCUCCAGGCCAUUCAUAGUUGGAGAGUCCAUAAAGUUGCCUUUUCAUGCUGGUUCAAUAGAGGGUUUGGUGAUUGAGAUAGGGCUGACAUCUACGUUAUUGAUAAAUUUGGAGAACCUUCCUGUUUCAGUACCCAACUCACUAUUAGUUGGUCAGAUUAUUGUGAAUAGAUCCCGUGCUCAAUGGCUAUUAUCUGUAACAAAAAUUCCUAUAAAAGUUCAGAGUAUGGAUAAGGUGCAUGUGAUAUCUGAAGAAAUCAUGGAGAAGUUAAGGGCAUAUCCAGAAGUUAGCUUGAAAGCAGACGCUCCUCAUUGUUAUCUCACUAGAUUGGGUGAUUUGUAUGGAGAGUUCACAAUUGGCUGCUGCCUCCAGAACAUGAGAAAUGAAGAAGUUCUAUGUGUUGAGCAAAAGAUUCUCAGUGACGCAGCUAGGAUUAUCCACUUGCAUGGCGUUGAGCUGAGAAGUCCACCAAUCCCCACUGCCGAUCUCGAGUUGCUGAUGGAAGCUGCUAGGGUUAUCAAGUCUCAUUCAUAUUAGGAGGGCACCACUCACCGUUGAUUCAGAUGAAGUUGCAAGGGCACAGUGACAACUGCGAGUUGUCAGGUUUUUUUUCUUUUUUGGAUUGUGCAUUUUGGUUGAGCACAUCCUUGGCAAACAGCAAAUACACGGUUACAGCUGCUUAAACACAGGAUGCGUACGUUCAGCUUGUUCUCUACGACAUCUGGUGCGCUAGGAUAGGAAGGGAGAGAUUGGUUGAGAUUACAUGUACGGUUUAAACAACCUUAUCUGCUAGCAGAGUAUACGUUCAUCUGUACUGGUUUUGUAGUCGUGGUGGCAGUUUGCCUGCACGUUGCUUUGAUGUUUUGGUCCUUUUGCAAAAAUUAAGCCAGAUCUUAUCUGGGUUUUUUUUUAA